UUAUGCGUGGAAACGUGUGUUUUGUUUUGUUUUUUCCAUGGAUAUUACAGGCACCCUGGCAAGUGAUGUCUUCUUCCAGGCCUACCUGUUAGAUGGGCUGGCCAGGUGGAAUGAAGACCGCGCUGUAGCCGCCACAUCAGACAAGCAGCAGCAGCCAUGCUCCUACGACCAUCUCCUGCGGCAUGCUGCUAACAGUUUGUCUGAGGAGGUCCUUGGCCAGGAAAUUGUUCCCUAUACUGGGCCAAGGAAAUACACAGGUGAACUUCUGGGGGUGGAGUACCUUUACCAGCAAACUGGUAAAGUUCUCCAAGAUUACAGACAGGCUGUUGAAGAGUCGGAGACAAUGGACAUGGAGAUUGAAGACAGCUUCAAUGAACCCGAAGAGUUUGAAGACUUCACUGUGGCCACUUUGGAGCCAGUGAGGACCUUCACAGUCUCUUCAACGUCAUCUUUGGCACCCACCAGCAGUCUGUCAGCUCCAGACCCUCAGCCUGGCCCCUCUUGGUCUCCUCCUCCUCCUGAGGGUCCUUCAACGAGUGCGACACACUCAGCGCCUGGACCUACAUCACCAUCUCCCUCUUCAUCACCUUCCGCCACCACCUCUGUUCCCCCUUGUGUCUUAUCCCCCGCUGAACAGAGCACCUCCAAAACAGAUCUGCCAGCAACCCCUCAACAGUUGGACUCUUCAUGUGACGAUUCUGUCGGCCCUGACAACGUGGAGGGUUAUGGGGCCGUGCAGGAGCUGGCUGAUUUCUUGGUCGGCCUCCGGCACAAUAACCUUGUGGUGACUGCAGAGGAGUCAAACCGGAUCGUUUCCCUGUGGCAGUCAUUGGGGGAUUAUGACAAACAAAAAACGGUUUACUCCCAGCGUCACCAAGCCCACCUGAAGCAGGGUAGAUUUAGAGCAACCAAAAAAAUUGUAGCCCCCGGCGUCGAAAGCACAAAAAGGUGUUUUAUCGGGGCUCACAGUCCUGCACAGUGGCCAGACUGCAACCGAGUGUCAGAGGCCAUCUUUGUGAGACUCUGUGCCUUGUACCCAAACGCCGUCCGAUGCGAAGCGAAGAAGGUUUCUCGGUUCACUAUGGUGGUGCGAAUGUACAGGACGAUUAGAGAGUGUGUCGUCUCAAAUGCCAGAAUUAUGAGCGAGACCACCAUCCAGCUCCCAGAAGUAAAUGCUGCUACAGUCACACAAUGGUACAGCAGGCGGUGCCGGGCACAAGAAAAACUCAUUUUAAACCAGGGCAUCCCACAACCUGCUGCUUCCAUGGCAGCUACAGAAAAACUCCCAGAUCCACUCCAGAAAGGAACACCUUUACAGAUGGGGACCUCAGCUCAGCCGCACAUUUUUGUGCUUCCGCCCAAUACUGCUGGGGAGGCAAAACUUAAGGCAAAGCCACAGCUGCAGGCACUAGCACCCCAAUUGAGUUCUACACCCUUCAUCAUCCCAUCAGGAUCCACCUCACAGGUUUUGGUCCCUCCCGUUUUAAAUGUCCCGUUCAGUUUUGUCAUGCCUCCUCCUCCUGCCGUGCCGAUCAUACUUGCUGUGCCGCCAUCACCUCAGCCUCUUUCCAGCACGCCAUACACGACACAACAAUACCGAAAGAGGAAAAUGGAAGCAGAAAAAAUGGGUAUUAUGAAAAGGAAAUACAUUAAAAAAACAGAAACCAUUACGUGCAGCAAAUGUGGUGGAAACAGACAGCCACCAUCCCACCGUCAGUACUUUGGGAACUGGUUUUGUGAAGCAACAGAGACUCAGUCAUUUGACAAUUGGAGGGCUGAGCUACAGAAGCGUGGAUAUGGGAAAAAAAAGAGAGGAAAUGACCCACCACCACCAGCACCACCACUUUAAACAAAAAGCAGUCCUUGCACAGAAAAACUUGCACAUCCAAAGCACCUAAU